AUGGUGGAGGCUUCAGAUAGCCCAGCCGUUGUUUCUGAAACCGAGGUUUCUCUAAAAAAAGCUCCGGAAGUGAUUGUUGGUUCUUCGCGUUCCCAUGCAGAAGCUCUGAGCACCUUUGAGAAAAAGCAGCGAGCCAUGGAUGGGCCGCAAAAAUCCCCAGAAGGGAGCCGCCAUCAAUCGCCAGAACCAAACUACUUCUCCCUUCAAAGCCCAGAACCACACUCCGAGCGCGAGGUAACUGUGGACAAUGAUGACAGCAGUAAAAUCAAUGGUGAAGAACGCAGUAAAUUAAAACAGGGAUAUCAGAGCGAUGAUGACAAUGACUCUAUUAUAGACAUCGUAUCAGAAAGUGAGGUUUAUGAAGCAGCAAAGCAGCUACUUAGCUCAAAACCCCCUCAAAUAAGAGUGAAUUACCAAGGAGAAUCAUACCUUCUACUUGGAGAGUACGACGGAGACAAUGCUAAAGAAUGGAGCAGCGACAAAAUCAUCUGUACUGACUCAGCAGAUCUACAUCGUGGCUGUAAUGUUGCAUUUGGACGAAUGAGGCUUUUUUUUCAACAAGUUCAUGGAGGACUAGAGUUACUUUCCAAAGAGCUUUCCUUUGAAUUCCCUGACCUUGACUUAGUCAUGGAAGAAGAUAACAUGUACAACAAAGAUAUUACCGUAAACGAUGUGGUAUCGAUAUUCAAAAUUAUAAAGGACAACUCCAUAAAGAAGUGCGAACCUGAUGUCUCGAAUCAUUUGACAAUCAAUGUCAGCACAAAACCAAGAUUUGUGUCCCGCUACAAUUCUUUAGUGGAAAUGCUCAAUGGAGAUGCUACUUUCUCCAACAUCAAAGUUUUCACCAACGACCGCAGCCAUCCCGUUGUCCUAGAUGAGUCUGAACAGACACCCAACUCGAAAGAUGCUGAGGUGAUAAUAAUGUCCUCUGAGGGGGAAGAGGCUGACGAAAAUGAAGAGGCUGACGACAAUGAGGCUGACGAUGAUGAGACUGGCGGCGAAAAGGUCAACGAUGAAGAGGCGGGUGACGAAGAGCCUCGUAAAAUUGAGCUUGAUGGGAUGGAGCGUGAUGGGAAAGAAUCUUUCGGCGUCCACAGAGAUGGGCUCACCCCUGGAAAUGGAACAUCAGUUAGCAAUCCAGCUGUAUUGAGUGAAGAGCUUGGCCAACACAACGCCUUCAGUCCCAAGAGAGGAGCAGAGAAACCUGAGCAUUCGGGAAUUCAAAUGGCAGAAGUUGAUAAUUCAGAGUCUGGAGACUCACUAAAAAGGAGAAGGGAUUCGGUGUCUGAUGGCGACUUAUUUGUGUAA